AUGAAUCGUUUAUUCGGUCGUGGUAAACCAAAAGAGCCUGGUCCAAGCAUUAGCGAUUGUAUCAGCAGUGUGGACAGCCGUGCCAAUGUAAUCGAAGAGAAAAUCAACAAAUUGGACGCGGAAUUGCGUAAAUACAAAGAGCAAAUGUCGAAGAUGCGUGAAGGGCCCGGAAAGAAUGCCGUCAAACAAAGAGCGAUGCGUGUGUUGAAACAGAAGAAACAAUAUGAGGGUCAAGUUGAAGGUCUUCGAAACCAAGCGUUCAACAUGGAACAGGCAAAUUACGCCACGCAAACAUUGAAAGACACACAGUCAACAGUUGUGGCAAUGCGUGACGGUGUCAAUCAAAUGAAGAAGGAAUUCAAAAAGGUCAACAUCGAAGAUAUCGAAGACUUGCAAGACGAUAUGUCCGACAUGCUCGAGCAAUCUGACGAGGUACAAGAGGCUUUGGGGCGCACUUACGGUGUUCCAGAUAUGGAUGAAGAUGAAUUGGCUGCAGAAUUAGACGCUUUGGGCGAUGAAAUCGCACUUGAUGAUGAUGCAACUUACUUGGACGAUGUUGUCAAAGCACCAGCUGCUCCAGAUAAGGAACCCGGUGCUGAUAGUAUUCGUAACAAGGAUGGCAUUUUAGUUGAUGAAUUUGGCCUUCCAAAGAUUCCAACCACUGCUAAAACAUCAUAAAAGGAUUUUAUCUUACGAAUACACGAUUUCAUUGUCUCUUUUACUAGCAUAAAAAUUACUUUCCGAAAAAAAUCCUUUCCAAACGUUUUCAAAUAAACGAAAUCACUUCACAUAUGUGCACCAGAGGUGAAACGAAACAAAAGAAUGAAAAGCAGUUUACAUGAACAAAAUUGAAAAGUAACACGAAUAACAAAAGUAUUAGCUUAAGUGUGCAAAAACUUGUAUGUAUAUGAUUUCUAACAAAUAAAAGUAAAAUCUCGUGAAAACAAA